AACAAACACAAUCCAAAUCCUCUUUUAAUAAUUUUUUUCCCCAAAACUCUCCAAAUCCCUAACGAGCCCUAAUCUCUUUCUCGCUCAGUGAGCCAACUGAAAUCCACCACUCCAAAGUUGUAGAGACGACUAGAGGGGGAGUGAUCAGCCAUGGACGCGCUGAGGAAGCAGCUGGACCAGCUUAUGGGGGCCAAUCGAAACGGCGACGUCCGAGAGGUCAACCGCAAAUAUUACGAUCGCGAAGUGUGUCGCCUCUACUUGGUCGGGCUCUGCCCCCACGAGCUUUUCCAGUUAACGAAAAUGGAUAUGGGUCCCUGCCCUAAGGUCCACUCGUUGCAGCUCAGAAAAGAAUACGAAGAAGCCAAAGCAAAAGGGACUGAUAACUAUGACAGAGACCUGGAGGAUGUCAUAGAUAGGCUCAUUGUUGAGUGUGAUAGGAAAAUUGCUAGAGCUCUUAAGCGCCUUGAGGAUGAUGAUGCAAAGGCUGCUAUUGCAAUUUCUGUCUCUGAAGUUACUCAGACGCCAGAGGUACUCGAGUUGUCAAAGCAGAUCAAGGAAAAGUUGAAAGAAGUUGAUCAAUUUGAUCUUGAAGGCAAGACAGAUCUUAAGAUUCGGGCUAUGGAGAUAGUAGACGAACUCAGAGGCAAGAGAGCAGAUAAACAGUCCAUGCUUCUUUUGGAUGCUUUCAAUAAGGAUAGGGCAUCCUUACCUCAACCCCUGCCAAACCCGCCACCUUUGGCACCCUUGCCUGUAGUUGUUCCCGAUGCCCGAACACAGGAAAUGAUAAAUGAAAAGUUGAAGAAGGCAGAGGACCUUGGUGAGCAAGGAAUGGUUGAUGAGGCACAAAAAGCGCUGGAAGAGGCUGAAGCACUGAAGAAGCUGCCUGCCAGACAGGAGCCUAUCCUGGAUUCCUCUAAGUACACUGCUGCUGAUGUGCGCAUUACUGAUCAAAAGCUACGUGUUUGUGACAUCUGUGGAGCAUUUUUGAGUGUUUAUGACAGUGACCGUCGUUUAGCGGAUCACUUUGGCGGGAAGCUUCAUUUAGGCUAUAUGCAAAUCCGUGAGAAGUUAGCAGAGCUGCAGGAAGAGAGAAACAAGAUUCGCAAGGUUGAUCGGGCUGAGGAUAGGAGAUCAAAAGAGCGAAGUAAGGAACGCGACAGGGAAUCAAGUAGGGAUAGGGAACGAGGAGAUAGCCGCGACCGAGGUAGGGAUCAUGAUCGUAGGAGCAGAGAUCGUGAUAGGUAUUAUGAUCGAGAUCGCGGAUAUGAUCGCGAGCGUGACAGAGAUUCAGAUCGCUCCCGCAAUUAUGAUUCGAGAAGUCGCCGUAGGUCACGCUCACGAUCAAGGGAGCGUUCCAGGGAUUAUGAUCGCCACAGGCGUUAUGAUCGGUACUAGGUCAUCCUUGCUAUGGAGCAUGUGGCAAAAGCAUAAUUUGUGUUCUUGUCUAGGUCAGUUUUAAAACUCGUGUACCAAGAUGAUUUUAUGUGUUUCUUUUUCGAUAUUGUUUCUUUUCUGGAGUUGAGCUGUUUGACCUGUGAUGGAUGUAAGGACUGCUGCUUAGUUUUUCUCAACUUCGUGUUUAAGAGGUAUGUUUGAGAGGUAUGUUUUACUCUGUUUUAAGAUGGUAUUUGCAUUUUGCUUCAUAUUUGGAUGUAAUUUUUGGCCAUCGAAGAGUGGCUGUCAUUGAAGUAGUUACCCUUGCUAUCUUGAAAUUCGACUUCAAUUUAAGAUAUAAAUCAUUUAGUUUAAUCCAUCGAUAUGGAAUGAGGUGGGAAAUGGUUCUGGUGGCUGAACCUGAACCUUAACUCAUCAUUAGCAUCAAUCCUUGCGUUGAAGAGGACAAAAGCUGUUCAAGAAUUUUAGGAAGAGGGAAGUUUGUCGCUGCCAAAGUAAUCUUGUGCAGUAUAUGAUUUGGUUUCGUUUAUCUCGGUGGUCGUGUGCAUUUGGUGGGACUGCUAGUUAUUGUGAGGAUUUAAAAUGAUUGCUGUGAGAUUGUUGCUCUCCAUCUGUUUUACGUGUUAUGUGCUUGCCGGAGUGAGCGGCUAACGAUGUGUGGCCCGUCUUGGAGUUAAGAAAAUUCAAUUGACCCCAUAAUAUAUGUGGUCUCGCAGACCCCAUGAGGCAAUGUAAUUGACCAACACAUGUAACUGUCAACAUUUUUUUUCUUGAAUCAAGAGUUCUGCAAU